AUGACAACUCCAGCCUUGGAGACAUUAUCAGUGUUAGAAAACACCGAAUCAGCAGAACCCUCACCACAAACCACAGAAACUACCAAUGACAUCCCAACUCAACCACAAACUAUCCCAUCAACUGAAACUAUUCCUUCCCAAUCUUCAUCUCUCGAAAUGAAUAAUAAUGCACAAGCAGAUGAAAAUGAUGACGAUGAAGAUGAUGAUGAAUCCACCAGUACAACCACCUCCUCAUCCACCACUUUAACUUCCCCAAGAAAUGAUCCAUCACAACCUUCGUUAUCCUCAUCACACCAUUCUAAUAAUAAUAUUCAGAAGGCUCUCCCAACUAAUACCUAUCGUUUGAGUAGGGACAUUAGACAAACCAUUACCAAUUCAAAGCAACGUAGUCAAUCUCUACUCAAUAACAACAACAUCAAUAAUACCCAGAGUGGAAUUACGAGAGCAAGUGCUUCUUCAUCAUCCUCUUCUUCGAGUGGCGCCAAUUUUUCUGACUCGACAACUACAAAAAAUGUAAAACAUAGCGCGGAGAAUGAUUACAAGUAUUAUGAGAGUGGUAGUAGUGUUGGUGUAUCAUCAUCAUCGUUGGAGGAUGGAAAGAAUGAUGAUUUGAGGACUCUGAUGAGUACUCAUAUUGUUAAUUUGGUUAAUGGUGAUUCCAAUUCUGAUGAUAUUGUGAAUCAUACUAAUAAUAAUAACAAUAAUAAUGGUGAACAAUUGUGUAGGACAUUGGAAAUUGAAAUUGAAAAAUCCAAGACUGUCAAUAAGUUUUUCAUUGAGAAUAGAGAUGAUAGUGCCAUCAAGGAUUUAUUCUCUCAAAAUUGUUUGCAUUUGUAUAAUGGAGAGUUUACAGUGUUGAAACAUAAUGAGAAGGAUUAUGUUGAGGCUCAACAGGAAAAUGUUGCUAACAAUACUAAAUGUUUAAUGUAUCACGAACAAGGAAAGGAUAUUAUGGAUUUGGCAACAAAGAGGAUUACUUUCCACCCAAAUGAUUUUAUAGAGGAUCAAUUGAAUCUAUUGACAAAGAUUUAUAGAUUCCGAUUGGAAGCAGGUGAAUUGGAGCCUUAUUUCUUAUCGCUUGAACUUGUCAAUGCUAAAACAAGAGCUAAAAUCAGUGAAAGAUUUUACUUCCACAUGACAUCUCAUCAGCUCAUCAAUAGUUUUUAUGAUGAAUUGGAUGUUAAGAAACAAUUACAAAAACAAUUGGACCACCAACCAAAAGCAUUGUUUUCUCUAUCACAUUUCUUGAAGGGAGAACCUUUGUCUGAUGUUUAUGCAGUUGUUUUUGUAUUUAAAACAUUACAAGGAGUUUCUACUGAUCAAACACUCAAACAAUAUCAAGCAGGAAAGAAAAAUCAUACACUCACAAGGGAUACACAAUCCGAAUGUCUUUCAGGUUCACAAACCUUUGAUGAUUUCCAAGGACUUAAAUAUCACAAGGAACCUUUCUUAUUUUCAUUCUGUCCUGUCAAGGAAAGUGGUAUUCAUGCUAUGAGAUACUUUUUACCUGUGGAAAGUUUGUUCCAACUCAUGAGUAGCAGUGAAUCUGAUGUUACAGAAGGAAGUGUUGGAACAAAGAAAUUAUCACACAUUGAUGCAGUGUGUGAAAUUAUCUCACAACAAUCAGAGACGUUACUUCACUUUUACACACCUCACAAUGUUCAUGAACGUAGUGAGUUAAAAGAGCAAUUAGUUGCAGAAAGUGAACUUGCAAAGAAGAAUAUCAAAAAGUACAAGCCAGUUCCUGGUUAUUUAGUUUUUGAAACUUACAAAUUUAAUCCAAAGAAAUUUGAAUCAGAUCCAGUGGAAAGAGUUUUACUCUUUGGAUCUGAACAAGAAAAACCAAUGUUUACUACCAGUUCAGCAAUUUCACUCGAAGAAGUAAUAAUCAAAAUCCAACAUAGAAAUGGUAGUAUUUUGAAUCCUAGAGAUCUAACUCAAGAAAAGGAACUGAAAAAAUGUUUGGCAGCCUCUGAUUCUAUCAGUUAUCAAAAUUACAAGAUAGAAGAACUCCAUGAAAAGCUUCCAAAAUUCCCUCAUUUUGAUUUCUCACACUUGUUAUAUAUUUCCCCACUAACUCUAAAUUUGGAGAAAUUCAAGAUUGAUUCACUUUCGUGUUUGGAUGCUGAUCCAGCUCUUUUGGAAACACUUGCAAUUAAGAAAUUCAAACCAAAGAACGUUCUGGUAAAAGUAGAAUAUAGAGAAUCUAUCAAAAAGACAGCCCAAAGAAUUAUAUCUCCACAUGGACAAUCACUUGUAUCUGAAAUUUACUGUAAUGUAUUAUUCGAUGAAGAAAAGAUGGUUCGAUUCCUAGAUGAAAUCAAAAUUGCCUUACCACUUCCAAUGGAAAAAGAAAACCACUUGGUCAUUUCAUUCUAUCAUUUAGUUAUCGAAAAACAAGGUCCAAAGAGAAAAAAGACCCUAGAUAGCAAUGGAAAUGUGCCAAAGAUUUGUUUUGGUUAUGCCGUUCUCCCUAUCAAGGACAUUGUUGAAAAUCACUGCUCCAAGAUGACAGAUUUUACAUACACUUACACAUUACCUAUCUAUCAAAAAUUGAGUGGAGAUUAUCUUUCAGAUUCUAAACGUUUGAGUAUUAGUGCAUCUGCUAAUAUUGGAUCAAUGUCUCAAAAACGAUACGAUAUUAAGAAGGUUUCCUUUGUUUGUAACACGAGAAUUGUUUCAACUAUUUACCCUAACGAAAAACUUCUCCUUCAAUUCUUUGCCGAUUGUGCUCCUUUUAUUAGUAUCACAAAGGAAGGUUCUGACUCGAAAGAAUUGUCUAGAGCGGUUAAAGACUGUAGAAAAUCAAUUGAGAAUCUUACAAAAGUUCCAUUCUCUAAAUUAGUAAGCCAUUUCACACUCAUCAUGGAUAUGUUGCUUAGUGUAAUGUGUCGUAUUCCAGAUGUGAUUCACACUUUUGUGAGCGAAUCUGAACAACAAGAACAGUCUGCACUCUUUGGUGAUACUUCACAUGGUUUGAGUUUGACUGGUUCUAGUGGCGAAGAUGAAAUGCUUAAAUCAAUUAGUGCCAGAUUUGGACUUGCAGAAAGUACUUCUCCUGUUUCUAACUCUGCUUCACUGGAACACAAAUCUCUCAGCUCAAUCCUUGCAGCUAAAAGAAAAUCUGUUACUAACAGUGUUACCAAUAGCACCUCCUCAUCUUCACAACAUCUCAGUUUUACUACUCCUAAUAAUCCUUCUUCUGCUACUACUCCUUCAAGUCCAGGCUCUUCUGGUGAAUUGAAAAAGAGAUUCUCCCUCAAGAAUAUUCUCAAGAGAAAAUCAAAGGAAGUUGAACCAACUCCAACUGCUUUGCACACUGCACCAACAAAUGCAAAGAAAAUUGCUCAACCAGGUGAAGAGGGUUUCAAUUUAAUAGAAUAUCUUAAAGCUCAACAAGAACAACAAGAACAAACUCAACACACACCAGAAGUUGCAAUCCCUUCAAAGGAAGACAAAUCAAAGAAUGAAAAAAUCAAGAGAAGAAUGUCUCUCACUGAUAGAUUAUUCAAUAGAAACAAAUCUCUUGAUCAAUCCAGUGAAGAAAGUAAUACAUCUCCAGUUGCUGAGGCAAACAAUUCAUCUUCAGGUGCUGUAAGAAAGAGUAUUACCUUCACUGCUUCUAAUACAGACUCUCGUGGAAGUCAAUCUGAUUUUGGUGAUUUCCUUGGUGUUACAGCAACUUUGUUCGAAUUACAGAAAACCGUUUUCCAAGUUAUUUGCGAAAAGAGAAGUGCUAUGAAUGAUGUGGAAUUCAACUUGCUUUCGGAAAGAGAAAGAGAGGCACUCACCACUGAUCAUGGGUACAAGUUCACACUUUUGUUGAAAGAAUUGAUUGGAGCUUUAGCAGAAAAGGCUGUUUUCUAUAAGGACGAUUUUGCUAACUUCUUUGUUUCAUCUCAAAUUAACAAUCAACUUGCCUUCUUCUUUAGAGAUUUACUUGGCUGUGGUGAUUUAAUCAAACAUGAAUAUGUUUUCGAUUUGAUGGAAAGUUACUUUAGAGAAUUCACAGUCAAAAAGCCAGUCACCAUUAACACUAUCAAGCUUUGUAUUGAUUUCUUGCAAAUUUUAUCUGACCAUCCACAAUUUGCUGAAUUGAACUUGUCAAUCUUCCAUCCAAAGGAAUAUAUUUAUCAUGAAUCAAUUCUUUGUCCACCAGUCAAACUUUUGGUCAAUCUUAUUAGAGAUUGUAUCACCAAGUUUAAGAGUGAAAUUGAUGUACACAACAGUGCUAUCAAAGUUCUCAGAUAUAUUCUCACUAAGGAGGAAUAUACUCAUCUUUCAAUUCCAAAUGUAACAACAACAAGGGCUGAAUUAAUUGCUAGAAUCUAUUUCCCAUAUAUUGUCAUGUUGUUGAAGAAUUUCCAUGCCUUGGAAUCUCUUCCUGAAAUGACCACAAGACAGCACUUGAAAUGCUCAGUUUGGAUUUUAUCUAAUGUAAACUCUCAAUUCUUUGAUGAUUGGAUCAAAACAUCUGAUCAAAAUGUUGUUGAUAACUUGGUCAAAUUAUUAGCUUUCUAUUUGGACCAUUUCGAAAUCAAAGGAAGAGUUAAAUACGAAACAAGUUCAUUCAAAGCAUUCCAACUCGUCUUUUCUAGACUUAGUAACCACCUCAAAGAAAGGGUUGUAUCUAUUAUUGAACAGUUUAGCGAUGACAUCAAGGUAUUUGAACCUUCACACAGAGACUUGUCAUCAUUCAUCAAGAUGGACAUUAGAGAUUGUGAAGGUGCCAAAUAUCAAACAGAUAACGGUAUGAGCGAGAAAGAUUUCAUUGGCUACAUUAUGUUUACAAUUGCAAAAAUUAUGCAAAUUGUAUCAAUAGGAAGGCAAAAGAAAGUUAGUUUGGAUAUGGAAGAAACUAGUAUUGAUUUAAUUUCUUAUUAUGUCGAGCUUUUUACUCCAGUUUUCAGAGCUAAUCCAAACAGUACUUACUGGAAAUGGCUGUAUGGAGCUCUUCUCUCUGGAAAGGAAUUCUCUAUGGCUACUGUAGAAGGUAUCCUUGCAGGUGCAAGCGAUACACUCUAUGAAAAAUUGAUCAACAUUUUGGAAAGAGUUUACGAAAAAGAUAUCAUCAAUGUUGACAAUCUAUCAAAACUAUUUGAUGAUUCAAGCGUCGCUGAAAGCGAAAUUAUUCUUGAUGAGGAAAACAAAAUCAAGGCAUCCACUUUGAACAGACUUGUUGCACGUGUUUGUGAUCAGAAUAAUAGUGGUGAUUCCAAAUUUACUGACACAUUCUUAGUGACCUAUCGUUCUUUCUGUACUCCUGAAACUCUACUCACAUUAAUGAUGAGCUACUUUGAAUAUCAUGUAUUGCCUAAAGGUGAUCAAGAAAUUAAUAGUAACAAUAAGACUCUUGUUCUGAGAAUGUUGAACACUAUAAGAUUAUGGGUUCAAGAUCACAGUUAUGACUUUAAUAAUUGUCUCAAUGCUUCAAUGAUGCACUUUAUCUAUCAACAAGUUGGUAGAUUGUGUGUUAUUGAAAAAUCAUCAAACUCUGGUUAUAUUAGUAUUGCUAAUAAGAUUAAGGAAAGAAUAGAAGCCAAUCUUGUUUGUAAUGGCGAAUCUCGUGAAAAGUUGGAAAAGAUGUUCAGUCGUGAAAGACCUCAACCAAAAUAUCCAUCCAAAUGGAGUGAAGCAUACGAAAAGAAAGCAUUCAGUAUCAAGCAAUGGGAUCCUCAAGAAAUUGCCAAGCAAAUCACUCUCUUGGACAGUGUAAUUUUCACAGCCAUUGAACCAAAAGAAUUCUUUGGUCUUGGUUGGACAAAGAAGGACAAGAUGAUCAGAGCUCCAAACAUUGUUCACCUCACUGAUCAAUUCAAUAAUUUAUCAAUGUUCGUUACCUCGGAUAUUGCCUGUGAGGAAAAUCUUAAGAAGAGAGUAAGAAAAGUCAAACAAUGGAUCAAUGUUGCUUGGGAAUGCAAAAAUCUUAAUAAUUUGAAUGGUUGUAACUCUAUUGUUUCUGCUUUCAACAAUGCAGGUAUUCACAGACUUAAAAAGACCUGGGAUGCCAUUCCAAAGAAAGACAUUGAGAAUGACAGAUUAAGACAAUUGAAUGAGCUUGUCUCAAUGACCAGUUCUUACAAGAAUAUGAGAGAACAUAUGUCCAGAUCAGGUGAAGGUAUUCCAUACAUUGGUAUCUAUUUAACUGAUAUGGUUUUCAUUGAAGAUGGUAAUAAGGAUUACAUUACAAAGGAAAAUUCCGAUUUACAAUUAAUCAACUUUGCCAAGAGACGUAAAAUUGCAGAAGUUAUUCAAAGAAUCAAAACUCAACAACAAACUCUUUAUGAUUUCAUUCCAAUUCCAUUUUUACAAAGAACUUUUGAUUUCUCAUCAUUGACCGAUGAAGAGAAGACUAAGACAUUAUUAUCCGAUGACGUUAUUUGGAACAAAUCACUUGUAAUUGAACCAAGAGAAAACAAAUAA